UUCACAAACCGCCGCCUUGCGUACCUUAUUGUGUAUACGCUUUUCCCUGGUCCGUCUCAACUCUCAGGUCGUCCAUUCCCCAUCUCGUCGCCGGUUGUUUGUUUUGCUCCAAAUAAUUGUAUUAAUUUUUGUACGUCUUUGACGCACUGAAGCCGCCGCUGCUGCUGUCUCCAGAAUAUUGACUACAUUUCCUGUAUUCAAAAAAUAAGCAUUAUGUCUGACGAUGGAGUUGUUGCAGAGAAGAGGAAUCGUGGAAGAGCUCCAAAGCUGAAUGACGUAAACGACAAAGACUCCAAAGAAACUAAAAAACGCGGCAGACCAGCAAGCAAAGUACCAGCUAAAGCUGAUAAGAAAAUUGAAAAAGAAGGCGAAAAUGGUGAGCCAGCUGCCAAAAGAGGUCGCGGAAGGCCAAAGAAAGGUCAAACGAAGGCUAAAGCUCCAUCAUCGGGAAGAGGCCGAGGCAGACCACCAUCAAAAAAGGUAGAGAAGGAGGAAUCUGCAGAAGAUAAUGACGAAGAAGAAGAAGAAGAAGUAGAGGAUGAAGAUUAAAUUCAAAUUAAUUGUAUCUCAUACCAUAUACUUCGCCACUAAUUUUACAUUUAUUUAUUAAGGAUCAAGAAUAAUUUUAAUUUUUAAUUUAUUGAUUUCGGAACAAUUUAUAUAGGCUUAGAAUAGGUUUAUAAUUAUUUUGUUCUAUUUCGUAAUGUGAAAAGAAUUGACAAUUUAUAAAUAUUGUUUUUCAAAAUGAAAAAUUUUAAGAAAAAGAAAUUGUAAAGCAUUUAUAUUAUGUCAACCGUACAAUUGUUAAUCCAAUUUUUCAUUUGUCAUGUAUAUGAUUUAUUUUAUUUUAAUAUUAUGUAUAAAUAGUAGCCUACCCUACAAUUAUUGAAUGUAAUUUCGAUUACUUUUUAUACAUAUAUUUAUUUAUUUUUUUUUUAUCAUUUUCCAAUUGUCUAAUCUCUGCCAUUAUAUUUAUACUAUAAAAACAAACAAACAGUCUUAAUAUUUUUUGGUGCAUACAUUCGGAGUUACUCUUUCGUUACAUUAACCAACAGACUUAUGUAUUACAGAAACACAUAUUUUUAAAAAAAAUCUUUCAUGUCUAAUAGAUUAACUGUAUUGAUUUGUACUUAUUUACUUGCAUAUAAAUUUGAAAAUGACUACUGUACCUGAAAAUAUUGUGCAAAUAAUAAAAUAAUUUCAGAAUUAUAAUUGAUUCAACUAAUGAAAA